AUGAAAAAAUAAUAAUAAUCUAAAUCUCUUUCUAGUCGCAAACCCUAAGAUAAUGCUAAGUCGGUUAAGAAACAGGAGAAACUUACUAAAAUAUAAGAGGCCUUUAAUUUCAAUAAAGCAUCCAAAUACAUUUUUUAAUCUGGAUUUUAAGAGAGAGCUUGGUUAAUUAAAAGAGGUUAUCAAGAUAGGAUUGAUUUUAAGGACUAGGAGAUUGCUGAAUUGAGAAAAUAUUUUUCAUCCUUAGAUGGAGACGGAUCAGGUGCUAUCGGAAUAGAAGAAUUAGAGGACCCAUUAAUUGCUUUAGGCUUAGUUAAUUCUAGGGAGGAAGUUGAAAAAAUUAUGAGUGAGGUCGAUGAGGAUGGAACCAAUGAAAUUGAAUUUAAAGAAUUUCUAACUAUAAUGAGAGGAGUUUAGAAAGGUGGAAAUGUGGACUAAGGAGAAAAAAAUCCAAUUUAUGAUUUUUUUAAAAAAAUGAGUAAUGGCCAAUUAGAGAAAGGCAUGGAUAAGCAUAUUCCGUUUAAGUUAAAUGUCAGUUUAUUUAGAAGAAAAUAAAUAUUAAAUGCAAUAACUGGUGAUUAAAAAGAGUUAAAAGAUAAGGGAUAAAAAAUAUUAUAAGCAUAUAAAAGAUAGUUAUUGAAUUAUAAACAAUAAGAUAGAAUCAAUAGAGGAGAAGAUCCAAAUGAUAUCUCCUUAGAUUAGUUUCCAAACAAAGAUAAUGGUCCUAAUCCAAGAAAUGGAUUUCCUAAGCUAUAAAGAGUCAUUUAACAAGAAUAAACUAUAGGACAUAAUCAUAAACACUAUGAUAAAUGAGAUCAAUUCAAUUAAAUCAUAAAUUUAGUAUGCUUUUC